AUGUUGUUCAGAUUUACACAAGGUUUCACAACAUAUGCAGAAAGGAGAAUUGUUGAGGCUGUGCAAGGGGAGGACAGAGCUACAUUGAAUAUUGGAAUUGGUUGGAGGGGUUUGGUUAAAGAAAUGGAGCGAUUCAAGGACAACAUGGCGAUCACUAAGCUCAAAACGAAUCAGGAAGGAAUAGACCCCGACGAUGUUUUUUCUAGAGUCCCUUAUGAAAAAGGUUUCCAGUUUUUAUGGCGCAUUGAAAUACAGAUUGGAAGGCCUGCGUUUGAUGAAUUUCUCAAGAAAUAUAUUGCCACCUGCAAGUUCAAAUCCAUUGACACUGACAUGUUUAUUGAUUUCCUGAAAGCAAAUGUUCCCGGGAUAGAGAAUGAAAUCGAUCUAAAACCAGUUUCCAACAUCUACUCAAAGAUUGUAUCAUUGGCAAAUGAGUUCAAGCUUGGUAAGUUACCAAGGGAGGAUGAAGUUGCCGAUUGGAAAGGACAGGAAUGGGAGCUUUACCUCCAGAACUUGCCCAAACCUGGUGAAGCUUCACAGAUUUCAGCCUUGGAUGCGCGGUAUAGGCUUUCAGAAUCAAAAGAUUAUGAGGUGAAGGUGGCAUUUCUCGAACUGGCAAUCUUGUCAAGGUACUGGUGCCUUGUGUCCAGUCCAGAAAGAUCAGACCUUACAAACAAUUUACCCAGUGCAAGGCAUGUCAUGGCUCAUAUUGCCUUAUUGUAUGACAUAAGUGGAGCUCCUAGCCAAUCCCUCUUUCCGUUGCUAGGAAACUGA